AUGAAUUUACGCGUGGGUUCUCCGCUUAUAUCGUACUUAAUCGCAGCGUACGUGCCCGGUCAGACUGGAAAAUCGCUAAAGGAAAAACGGUUCAGCGGGUACGGAAGGAGCGCGAAUUUUCUCUCCGGAAUCACAAACUCCGCCGUUGUUGUGAAGUUACACUCAGGCAUCACGUACAAGGGUACCCUCCAGAGUAUCGACGGGUACAUGAACAUCGUGUUAGAAGGCCGCGAUGUUCAGGAGUGCGUCGGUAAGGACUCCAAGGUUGUCAACUCGUUCAAGAACGAUGUGUUCAUAAGAGGCAACAAUGUGUUGUACAUUGGUAUUGAUUAGGUGUCGCUCGUAUGGUUGUCUGACAACCCUGUAUAUUAUUAAUUAUCGUUAUCGCCUGUCCAUCUGUAGAAGUGGUAAACUUCGGAGAUUUCUAAAUAUGAUGCAUUAAAUUGGCAUAAAUAAACAGUAUAUACAAG